CACACACGCGCACAUCCACAUUGACAGGCCUGCUCCGCACACCGACCGAUCAUCGCAUUGGACUUUUUGGUCGAAAAGUUGGAGUUUUUACUGGAUACCAUAUCUGUACCCCGUAGAGUAGCGAGAGUUCCAAGUUGUAACUCGCUGUCGGAUACGUCUCCGUAGUUCGGUGGUCGUUGUCCCCUCCUGCGCUCACUAUCCACAGCUCACCUUUUGCGACAUCGGAUUUCAGGUUGCCAUUGAGAAAAGUCGUAACUUUUCUUCCCCCACCUAAACAUAAGGCUGUUGGAGCAGCUUCAGCUGGCCACACAUAGUUCUCCCACGUUCCCACGUUCUGUGUGUGUUUCCUGUAUUCGGUGAAACGCGUAGAGUGCGGAAGAAAUUUUGACAAGUGAUUUUCCCGAGGAAAACUGUCAAGUGUGUAAUUAUUAGAUGCUAUUUGGACUGUCAGUAAUAGAGGUGAAUUUUGCGAAAGGAAAGAGUGGAGGCACAACAAAAGAAAGUUUUCGGUAGUUCGUGUGUGUUUGCAAAUUAAGAAACCGAUAGGAAACUGAUGUCCAGGAGAUUAGUGGAAUAUGCAGUUUCCAGCAUUUUGUUCGUGGGUAUCGAGCUGACAAACAGGGGCUACAGACUAGAAAAAUAGUGGCGCAGCUGUAAUUGUUUGUUGGUUUCGGUAGAAACAAGCGGCUAUAGGUAGCCUGGAAAAAAAACAGAAAAAAGCAACUUUUUGUUGGUGUGAAUUGAAAGUGGAUCAUAAGCCAGCCCCCCAAUCAAAAGCAGUGUGUGGCGGCAAGGUAAAAAAAUAUAAAGAAAAGUAUUUGGUUGAUUUUGGUUGUAGCUGGUGUGGCAAAGUGUUUGUGAAUGUUUGCCGAGCGAUUAGAGGAUUAAUGGUUGCAGGAAAUCGAACGAAAGCUCGUGGUGGAACAACCAGCGGCAGGAAAAGAGAAUAGCAACAAAAAAGUUGUCCAUUAAACUCCAUGAAAUAAUCAGAAAAAUGUGUUCCCCAAAUCAUCCAGUGCCGAUGGUCUGAUUCGCCCCAGCGAUCUCAACGCGACAGAGAGCCGCUGUUAGUGUGGAGCUUUCUUUGUGCCAACACAGGGAAACGUCGCUAGGGAGCAUUCGCGCCGCCGUCACUACCGCCGGUUCGGUAUUUUCAACGGCUUGCCAAGGAGACGCCUAGACGUGGUCUCUCCCGUUCCGCAAUGUCGGAAAUUUUCGCUGCAGGACCCCAACAGGACGACAUUCUGCAGCAGCAACAGCAACAGACUGAGUACCAGUGGUCCUCCUACUCAAUGAUGGACUCCUCGCGAGUGUCGACCUGCCUCAUCUCAAUGCUUUUGAUCGUUUAUGGUAGCUUCCGGAGUCUCAACAUGGAACAGGAACAACGGGAAAAAGAGAAAAAACGCCAAAGCGAGAGUAUGAACAAUUUGCUCACUGGGGAGCCGGUGCCACCGGAGCAAAAUAAAUUUGCAACAUUGGAUACAAUGCAUGCUCUCUGCCUUCCAUUGGGAGCAUCUGUGUCGUUAUUGGUUAUGUUCUUCUUUUUCGACUCGAUGCAGAUGCUGUUCGCCGUUUGUACAGCAAUCAUCGCAACUGUAGCUCUAGCAUUUCUUCUGCUUCCGAUGUGUCAAUAUAUCAUUCGACCGUGUUCAGAUGGUAAUCGGAUAUCGUUCGGUUUCUGUGGUCGCUUCACAGCAGCGGAAUUAUUUAGCUUCUCGCUGGCCGUGUCAAUUGUUUGUAUCUGGGUUCUCACUGGACACUGGCUACUAAUGGAUGCCAUGGGAAUGGGACUAUGUGUGGCGUUUAUCGCGUUUGUACGGCUACCUAGCUUGAAAGUAUCCACACUCCUGCUCACAGGACUACUCAUUUACGACGUGUUCUGGGUGUUUUUCUCCUCGUACAUCUUUAGCACCAAUGUAAUGGUCAAAGUAGCAACCCGGCCAGCAGACAAUCCGGUGGGUCUCGUUGCCCGCAAACUGAAUCUCGGUGGAAUUGUGCGAGAGCCACCCAAGCUAAAUCUACCCGGAAAACUAGUGUUCCCCAGCAUCCAUAACACUGGUCACUUUUCAAUGCUUGGGCUGGGAGACAUCGUUAUGCCGGGCCUGUUGUUAUGUUUCGUGUUACGUUAUGAUGCAUACAAAAAGACACAGUGUACGACAACGGCAGAAACUGGCGUACCACCACCGAGGGGAGUCGGCUCGAAGCUUACUUAUUUCCAUUGUUCCUUAUUAGGGUAUUUUCUCGGUUUGUUGACCGCCACCGUUAGCUCGGAAGUAUUUAAGGCUGCGCAGCCUGCUCUGUUGUACCUAGUUCCGUUCACACUGCUACCUCUGCUGACGAUGGCAUAUUUGAAGGGCGACUUGAGACGGAUGUGGAGUGAACCGUUCAUCAUACAGCAAGCGUCCAAGCAGUUAGAGGUUUAGGCUGUUAAUGCUUUUUAUGGAGAAAUCAGCAGCAUUGACACAUAAGUAGUUGUAAGGCCACGUUCAGAGUAAGAAAGAUGCAUAAAUUAGAUGAAAAAAAAACAAGAUUUAGGGUAUAGGUGCAUAUACAUGUAAGAACUGAACGGAAACAAACAAACAAACAAAGCGUUUC